AGGCGGACCUACGCCAUGUCAGCGGGACUCACGUGGAGCGGGACUUGUGGAGGCUCCGUCUCAGAUGUUGGAGAACUGGGUUUGGGAGCGGGAGCCUCUGCAGAGGAUGUCCAAACACUACAAGACCGGCCGACCAAUCCCAGACGAGCUGCUCGACAAACUCAUCAAGUCCCGCCUCGCCAACACCGGUCUCUUUAACCUGAGGCAGAUCGUUCUGGCUAAAGUGGAUCAGGCUCUGCACACCAGGAAGGGCCUGGACGCCGCCGAGGAGUACGGACGCCUCUGUCAGGACAUCCUGGGCAUCCCUGCGUCUCCAGGGACCAACAUGCCGGCCACCUUCGGCCACCUGGCGGGCGGCUACGACGCCCAGUACUACGGUUACCUGUGGAGCGAGGUCUUCUCCAUGGACAUGUUCUUCGCUCGCUUCAAACAGGAGGGAAUCAUGAACCCAAAGGUGGGUCUGGACUACAGGAAGUUCAUCCUGCGGCCCGGCGGCUCCGAGGACGCCUCCGAGAUGUUGAGGAAGUUCCUCGGGCGCGAGCCCAAACAGGAAGCGUUCCUGCUGAGCAAAGGACUAACGGUGGAGCAGGACGCCGGCACGCCGUGUCCCUGCUGACCAAUCACAGCGCCCCGUCUCCACCACACACUUCACACGGUUUACAGACAACAAACGACUGAAGACAACGGACUGGUUUUCUAGAAAAUAAACUGUAAAAUGUUUCCCAACGAGG